AUGACGUCAGAUCGCCAGCUACCAGUCAGCAGGCACUUUUUCAUAGAUUGACAAGGGUGUCAGCAAAUUGCUUCUACGCGCUGGUAUUUCCUGUAUAGUACUUUUUUAAUAUGGCGAAGACUUACGAUUAUUUGUUCAAACUGCUUCUUAUCGGGGACUCUGGGGUCGGGAAGACCAGCGUAUUAUUUAGGUUCUCAGAGGAUGCCUUCAACUCUACCUUUAUAUCUACAAUAGGUAUUGACUUCAAAAUUAGAACUAUAGAAUUAGAUGGCAAAAGAAUUAAACUACAAAUAUGGGAUACUGCAGGACAGGAACGGUUUCGCACAAUCACAACAGCUUAUUACCGAGGGGCAAUGGGUAUUAUGUUGGUAUAUGAUAUCACCAAUGAAAAAUCCUUUGACAAUAUCAAAAAUUGGAUCAGAAAUAUAGAGGAACAUGCGUCAGCUGAUGUUGAGAAAAUGAUCCUCGGGAGCAAAUGUGACGUCAAUGAAAAACGACAGGUAUCCAAAGAGAGGGGCGAAAAGUUGGCUCUUGAGUAUGGAAUUAAGUUCAUGGAGACUAGUGCGAAGGCAAAUAUCAAUGUUGAAAAUGCAUUUUUCACAUUGGCAAGAGACAUCAAAGCAAAAAUGGACAAGAAAAUGGAGGGGAACAGCCCUCAAGGAAGCAACCAAGGAGUCAAAAUCACUUCAGACCAGCAAAAGAAGAGCAGUUUCUUCCGAUGUGUUCUUCUGUGAGGGACCCUGCCUUAUUGGAGAGCCUUCGCUCCUCUGAACUGGACUGUGCCUAUAUCUGAAUUCUCAUAGUCUUUACAGACAUAAAACCUUAAACCACCAGCUCUGCCACACUCCAGCUACCUGAAACCAGUGACAAGCUCUGGCUACCUUAAUCUGUUUCACUUAUCUGCUGUGGCAUAAAUUCUGUUUGUAGAUUUCCCCAUGGUUUUUUUUUUUUUCCUUAUGCAAAGGUUUUCAAAUUUUUUUUUAUUUUUUUUUUGACAAGACAAAUUCUAAGGUAUUUAGAAAUGUUCAUGAUGAACCAUAUCACCAUCUGUCUUUUCAUUAAAGUUCUAAUUUGUUAUUCCUUUAGGUCUUAGUGUGUGUGUGUGUGUGUGUGUGUGUGUAUACAUACACAUACAUAUAUGCAAACAGACAAAAAUAAUAAUUUUACAUUUUGUGAUAUAUUCUUCUGGUCAGUAAAUGAAUGCAAUGAAGUGUAAACGGAGUUCAUUUGCUCCUGAGUUUGUCUUUUUUAUGCAAGAGUACUCUAUACACAAUGCUCAUUGUAUGUGUAUGUAUAUAAAAUGCACUUUUUGUUUUACAUUCCAAAAUAAGUCUUCCAUAUCCAACCUAUUGGUAGACACAAUAUUGUAUUGUUUCCCUUUAAACAUAAAGAUUAAAUCCUUAAUAUCUGUAAAAUAUGUAUAUGCUAAAGAAGAUUGUAUGCCAAUAUAUCUUAUUUUUUUCAUAUGUAACCUUCCUUUUUCAAUUCUAUAAUUUAAGUAUAGCCCUAAAGCAUAUUUGGUUGCCACCGUGUGUGUAUGAAAUUAGGCAUAAAUACAAUGGAUAUUUUUUAAUUUGGAUCCAAUAGUGGUUAAUUUAACGUUAUAUGAAGCCGAAUUUUCUUCUUUCAUGAUUCAGAUAGAGCAUGCGAUUUUUAAGCAAAUUUCUAAUUUGCUCCUAUUAUUAUCAUCAAUUUUUCUUUGUUCUCUUGGUAUCUUUAUUUUAAAAGGCAGGAAUGUAAGCCAGACCAUUUUUAAUUCAGCACCCUGGGUGGUGCUUGCUGAUUAAACGCUACCUAGGUGCUGAACCAAAAAUGGGCCGGCUCCUAAACUUACAUUUCUGUUUUUCAAAUAAAGAUACCAAGGGAAGAAAGAAAAAAUAAACUUAAGAGUACAUUAGAAAGGUGCUUAAAAUUGCCUGUUCUAUCUGAAUCAUGAAAGAAAAAAAUGGGUUUUAUAUCCCUUUUAAGUACUGUUCCAUGCUAAAGGUACAUAGGCAGCUACAAAAUAAUGUACUGUACUUCUGUAUAGCUAUAUGUUGUUGGGAGUAUAAACUAGUCCUGAUGCAAUGUACUUUGUUUUAUUAUAUUGGUUUACUGUUUGUCAUCUCCUCUGCGUACAACUUAGCUCAUCACGAUACAGUUGUAUCCACAGCCGUUCGGGACCAAUGAAAGUCACUGCAGGGCAAGAAGAGGUCCCCACCCUUCUCAAAAAUAGCUGAGCAUAUAAUUAACGCUUUCAUAAAAGCAAAUGUGGUUUAGUAAGCAAAAGGUGCAAACCAUAUUAGUAGAUAAUCUUGCAUUAAUGAGGUUGAGGUCAUAAGGUGCUUAGGAUUUUUCCCUUUUAUGGCCAGUAUAACUCACUCUGUAAAUCCAUCAUGUACUGAAUGGUUACUAAUUCAGGGCAUCUAUUAAUGCAAGUUAUUUUUUUUUUUUUUUAUAAACUUGCUUAAACAUUUGUAGAUUUUUUUGGGGGAUUUUUUUUUUUUAAGCUCUGGAAAUCUAGAUAAUGUAUCUUACAUUAGGAUUCCUGCAAUAAAAAAAUCUAGUUAUAUCGGGGGGUUUUAAAUAACCGUAAUGAGAUUGCUGAACUGUUCUUGGCAAAACAAAAAUCUAUUGUAGUUAUCUUCUAGUGCAGGGAUGGGGAACUUUGGCCCUCCAGAUGUUUCAGAACUACAUUUCCCAUGAUGCUCAACUGGACUUCAGAGUGCCUAAGCAUCAUGGGUAAUGUAGUUCUGAAACAUCAGGAGUGCCAAGGUUCCCCAUCCCUGUUCUAGUGGAUAGGAAUUGUGUAUAAAUAGGUGAACAACCUCUUUUAAUACACCUGUUUGACUAUAGAAGCUUAAAACAUUGUAUUUCAGUUCUUUUUGAGUGAUCACACACCAGUUGCAACCAACUUGCUUCAGUCAAUUAAUUAGAUCUAUUUCACCUUUAAAUUAUAAUCGAUAUUUCUUUAAAAUGUACUAGUUUUGUUUUGCUUUCACUGUCAUUUUAUAAGUGGAAUGUUCUUUGUAAAUGUUGUACAUCCGUUUUCUAAAUCACAAGCAUUGUAUUAAGUUCAUCAUGGGUUGUGGAGUCCCAUGACUAAAAUGUACUGUGUGUUCAGCAUAACAUUGUAAGGAUUUCACAUAACCUACUGAAAACCAGAAUACUGUAGGUUAUGGAUCUAGUCUCUAGAUGCCUUUUUAUGCAGUUUUAGAUUAUUCCAUCGACUCGAUAAUCAAAAGUUAAUGGUUUAUGUUGACUGAUUACAGAUGCAGACUUUGGUGAAAUGUUAAUUGUGUAAAAUAAUGUAUUUUGAUUAUCAUCUUGAAUGUGAGAUCCUACAAUGACUCAAAGCACUUUGGGAAUUUGAAGCCAAAUCCUAUUUCAUGCACUGUCACAGCAUUAGUUUGAUAUGUAAUAUGUACCACCAAAGAAUGUUGCAUCUAUUUCUUUAUAUAUAAUAUCCUUAUAUUUUCAUGGACCAAUCCAGUUACUGAACAGUCCACUAUAACGUCACUCUGUCGUACACAUGCACGUGCCCACUCCCUGUCGUACACAUGCACGUGCCCACUCCCUGUCGUACACAUGCACGUGCCCACUCCCUGUCGUACACAUGCACGUGCCCACUCCCUGUCGUACACAUGCACGUGCCCACUCCCUGUCGUACACAUGCACGUGCCCACUCCCUGUCGUACACAUGCACGUGCCCACUCCCUGUCGUACACAUGCACGUGCCCACUCCCUGUCGUACACAUGCACGUGCCCACCCCCUGUCGUACACAUGCACGUGUCCACCCCCUGUCGCACACAUGCACGUGUCCACCCCCCUUUCCAAGAGCUGAUUAUAUACUUCAGAUCUGCAAAUCCACCAAAAUCUGGAGAGUGCAGGAAAAUCCAAACAUUAUAGGGACCAGUAAAGUCAAAAUGAAACUUUCAUGAUUCAGAUAGAACAUGCAGUUUUACACAACUUUCCAAUAUACCUCUAUUAUCAAAUUUGCUGUGUUUUCUUGGUAUCCUUUGUUAAAGAGCAUACAUAGGUAGACUCAAAAGCAUUGCUGCUCCUUGAACAAACAAUACAUUGAGAAUGAAUAAAUAUUUUUUUUUUUUUAUAUAAAUUAUAUUGAAAUCAUGAAAGUUUAAUUUUGACUUUACUGUUCUUUUAAGUGCUAGAAUUGUAUGAUUUAUUGAAGCUUAAGAAUCCCUUGAUGAAUCUUACUACUGAUCUACUGGAGUGACCACCUGGACUUUCUUGUCUAGGGACCAAAUAGUAAAAUUAUUGAUCAAUCUAGUAAUCAUAGUAACUGAUGGUGUAAAACUCCAUUAUUUCUUUCAUUUUAAAAUGACUUAAUUAGUUUAAAAAUGCUAAAGCUGCCACCUUUAAAGAAGAAUUAAAUUACGACUGACAUAUUUUGUUUACAACUAAUAGAAACUUUAAUUCUUAGUCGCUGUGCAAAAUUCGGAAUUCAAUCUAGUCACUUUCAGGUUUAAUACAAUAUAUAAAAUAUUCUGUGAAUGGCUGGAGGGGGUUAGUUUUUAAGGCCAGCAGACUAGAAUGCAUUCUGCGUUUCUAAAAGUAUGUUUUGUUUAAAUAUUAAAAUAUUGCUGGGUUUCUGUAAUAAUAUGCUUUGUUUACAAUGACAACUGCACUUCAGGAAAAAAAAAAAAACGCAAAUUAAAAGCUUAUUUUAAAAGAA